AUGCUCUUCGAAAAUCGAUCCCAUCGUUCAUCGGCAGUCCUUAUCGCCACUAGUUUGAUCGUGCUACUGUUGUUGGGCGGAUUUCGGUAUGAUUCGGUGACAACGAGGAACAUAUCGUAUGACACUUCCACCACAAAGCUUGAUAUUUCAUCCAACAGCAGCAUUCGUGGUCGAUCAGAUAUUCGUGGUACUAGUGAUGAGACUCACAUCCCACUGACAGCCAACAAUGGCUCGAGACAAGCGGCCCCUUCAGUUCUGCGAACAAGUUCUGAUUUUCCGACCCAGGAGGGCAUUAUCCAGAGAAGGUACUUGUUUGGAAUCUUUAGUUUUGAUGGAGGCUUUCCUCAAUAUGAAAAGCGAAUGGCCAUUCGGAAUUCCUACUUGUCCUACUACCAGCAGCAAGAGGGCAACUCAUCCAUCAAAGACACAGUAUGCUCCCUUCAAGAGCUCAUUCAAAACCCCCGUUCCAAUGAUCCAUAUGCAUGUCGUUUUGUGUAUACCUUUGUCAUGGGAGGAGGUCAUCCACAGAAACAACCAGAUAUUUGCUAUUUUGAAGAAUGUGGGAACCAAACAGAAGACUUUGUUGUUCCUUCUCCCCAAUAUGAUGUUUCAGAAUAUUUGUUCAAGGAAAUGACACUAUUGAAUCACACUGACUUCACCUUUCUGAGGUCCCGAGAAAACCAUGAAGAAGGAAAAACAGAAUCUUGGUAUACAUAUGCUUCAUCCUUGACAAAGGAUCAUCCAGAAUUCAAUCUGGACUACAUUGGAAAAUUGGAUGAUGACACCAUCAUGUUUGUCAAUCGACUGUUGGAGGAAUGGCAGAUCCAAGCCAACCAUGAACUGAAACAGCAGCUGGUUGCUGGUGGAUGGCUGGUUCCCAAAAACAUUUGCUCCAAACCAAGGUGGGGAAGAGUUUGUGAUGACCCCAAGUUCUAUGCACCAUACAUGCUUCCUGGAGGAUUCAACUUUCUAUCCACCAGGCUUGCCCACCUGGUCUAUCUGGAUGGAACCAGUUUGGAGCACAAGAAGAACAUGUUCUUUCCGGGGCAUGAAGAGUUGGGAUUUUCCAACCUUGUAUUCUCAGUUGAAAAUGUGACAGCAUCAGCAGUGAGUCAAAACAGCCCAGGGUCUCAUCCUUUCAAAACUGUUGACGAAAUGUACAACAAUUAUUUCAAACGGAGCAACUGCAAGCGAGAUGAAGAGUUCCUGGCCAUUCCUGAUUUCAAGGCACCGCCAACACCCCCAAGUGCUGAUGGCAGCCCCUCACCAGAAUUGAUCAAAAGACGAUACUUGUUUGGCAUCUUCACUUAUGAUGGAGGCACUACCCAAUAUCAACAACGCAUGGCCAUUCGGAAUUCCUACUUGUCCUUCUAUCAAAACCAAGCCACUUUGGACAAUGCUGCCACCAAGGACACCAUCUGCUCCUUGCAAGAUCUUUUGGAAAAUCCACGCCCAGAAGACCCCUAUGCAUGCCGAUUUGUGUACACUUUUGUGAUGGGAGGAGGGCAUCCACAGCAUCGCCCUGACAUUUGCUACUGGAAAGAGUGUGGGAAUCAAACCAAGGACUUUGUGCUUCCCUAUCCAGAAUACAACGUCACAGAUGUCCUCUUCAAGGAAAUGACACUUCUGCAUCACACAGACUUUACCUUUCUGAGUACUUGUGAAAAUCAUGAAGAAGGGAAGACAGAAUCGUGGUUUACCUAUGCAGCAUCGCUCACCAGGGAUCGACCAGAACUCAAGCUGGAUUAUAUUGGCAAACUAGAUGAUGAUACCCUAGUGUUUGUAAAUAGGUUGCUGGAGGAAUGGCAGAUAAGAUUCAACCAUGAACUUGAACAACCUUUGGUUGCAGGUGGGUGGCUGACUAGCAGGCGAGAUUGUUCCAAGGCAGAAUGGGGAAAGGUUUGUGAUGACCCCAAAUUCUAUGCCCCAUACAUGCUACCAGGUGGGUUCAACUUUGUUUCCACUAAGCUUGCCCAAGAAGCAUUCCUGGAAGGCACCAGCUUGGAGCACAAGAAGAAGAUGUUCUUUCCAGGGCAUGAAGAUAUGAGUUUUUCCAACCUUGUUUUUUCAGUUGGCAAUGUGACGACAUCAAGGAUUGCGGCGCACAGCCCAGGGUCGCAUCCCUUCAAGACUACAGAGCACAUGUACAAGAACUAUUUCAAGCGUUGCGACUGCCAACCAGAUAUGUACACGCUUGCCAUUCCAGAUCUGGAUUCCAUGCCCCUCCCCAUUGCAUUUGAUGAUGAUCACAUAAACCAGCAAUAA